AUGCCUCCUAUGUCGCACGUUGUCCGGACUCUGCUCAUAGUGCUAUCAGUUUCGGCCUCGGCCGCGGCUUCCAGGCACCCUUCUUGCAAGUAUGUGGACGAGUACUUCCCCGACUGCUUGGAUUAUCUCGUGGGGACUUACUUCAUCCCGCCUGAGGAAUGCUGCAAUAGCGUCGGGGUGCUCAACUACAUGGCGAUUCACUUGAUGGGUCCGCGCGUUAUAUGUCAGUGCAUCGAGGCCAGGGUGAUGGGAACGAAUCCCCCACUAAUGCCCUCCCGGAUCGAGGCUCUUCCUAAGUACUGCGGCACCCACCUCAGCUUCCCGAUUUCCUCCGCCAUGGAUUGCUCUAGGGGCGACGAGUUCACAUUCUGUGUCGACGUGUACCAGCACUUCGCCAACUGCAUCGGGUUCCUCGAAGGGCUCGCCCCCGAGCCCCCGAGAGCCUGUUGCAACAACCUGCUGACCCUCAACGACCUCGCCAAACAGAACCAGUUCGGCCCGGAACUGCUGUGCCGGUGCAUCGAGGACAUUGGGUACGUGAUGGACGCCCCGUUUGUCCCCUCCCGGAUCGAGAAUCUCCGUGGGGAGUGUCAAGUGCAUCUCAGCUUCCCCAUCUCCAAUGCCAUGAACUGCUCGAUGUAA